CUAUUUGCAAUAUGGCGUCUCGUCGAGAGAAGGGAUAUUAUUCGGCUUUAAAUGUUACUUCUUCUGUGGAUAUUCUGCCGCAAAUACGGGGGAAAAGAGUGAAAGGACACGGGAAACUCUGGGCUGUCGAUCGCCUCGUUCAAAAGAGACGCUCACAAGAUAAAAAGUCCUAUGAGUUCCUUGUACAAUUGGAAAGGAUACGGUCCUUAUGACGCUACGUGGGAACCAGAAGAAAAUAUUACAGACGAAUGUAUUCGAAUGUUCUCAUUGCCCAAGCCGUCUCUGGAUGUACUUGUUGAGGAAACGGCAAAGCUGAGGGUUGCUGUUGAGCAACAUCUAAAAUCAAAAAGCCGCCUGCCCAUGACCCUUUUCUUGCGAGGAGAUAUAUAUAGAUAUCUCUUCCAGGGAAAAGGGAUACAUUAAAAAUGGCUGGCACUAUGUCAAUAAAGGCAGCUUCCCAGCUCACCUUUUUCCCAAUGGUUGGGACUGUUGCUCAGAUGCCCAUGGGCAAGGGGUUAAAGUUUUUUAUCCCUUUAAAAUGAGGCAUUUUAUUUAUUGGUCACCCAAGAAAUAUUGCUUAGCAAAUAAUGGCUCUUUUGUUGUGGCCCCUAGGGCAUACCAGGAAAAACUGACCAUAUCAUUUGUGAGGGUUGCCCUUGGGGAUGAUUCAGAAUAACUGAUAGGAAAAUAUAUAUUAGUGUGUAAACCAUAUAUCCAUUGAAUAGCACAAACAUUGAUAGCAAAAACUAGCACUUAAUCCUUAGUACUAAAACAGUUAGUGCUAUUUCACAGCUAUAUGAUUUGCACCCUCACAUAAAUAAUAAUUAUUAGCUUGUCAGAAGAGGUUUUGAAAUGAUGAAAUUUGUCAUAUCAAAUUGUUGUGCUAAAAUACAAACACUGCAAGCAUGAAA